AUGAGUAACACAAAGAAAACCAGUCAACCAUCGAUUGCUUCUUUUUUUACAAAAAAAGGCCAGGCACCUGUGAUUUCGCCUAAAAAAGAAGCAAUUAAAUCCCCAAUUACUGUUAAGAAUGAAGCACCAAUCAAUUCUCCUUCAUCAGAUUCAGAAGAUAAGAUUAUUCCAGCGAAACGUGCGAAAAAGCGUGUGUUAAGUUUCGAUGAAAGUAAUUCAUCAACAGAAAAUGCCAAAGAAUCACCUGUGAAAGCUGUGAAACAAAUCAAAAUCACUGAUACAAAAGCAGAAGUUAAAGAGGAAAUCCAAACAAUAGUUCCUAAAGUUGAACAGCCAACAACGACAAACGUUCCACUUGAACAGAAAAGUGUGGCUGAUCCACAGUCAUAUAAUCCCGGUAAAACGAAUUAUGAUCCUGUCAACGAUGCAUGUUGGAAAAUCGGUGAAAGUGUUCCGUACAGUGCUUUGUCAGCAACGUUAUUAUUAAUUGAAGACACUUCUGCUCGUUUAGAAAUUAUUCGAAUCUUAUCGAAUUUCUUUCGUUCAGUUCGAAGUUUAUCAGCCAAUGAUUUAGUAUACAGCGUUUAUUUAUGUGUUAACAAAGUAGCACCAGAAUACGAUGGCAUCGAAUUGGGUAUUGGUGAAACUAUUAUUAUCAAAGCAAUUGCUGAUAGUACUGGUCGCACGAUGGAUCAAGUAAAAGCUGAUUACAAAUCGAAAGGUGAUUUGGGACUGGUCGCUGAGGUAAAGUUCAACAUUGCAAAGUACUUGAUAGUCACUGGAUUAUUUUCAGACAUCUCGUUCAACGCAACGAACGAUGUUUAA